UAACAGUACAACGUCAACAGGCAAUCAAGAUAGGUUGGCAUAUCGAGUUUAAUUUCAGUAUUUUUAGAAUUACUCGUUGAACUAAUGACCCGGUGUUAGAUAAUGUUUAAUAACAAACAAAUAAUCGUACAGACAAAUAAUGAUGAAGUGUCUGGUUUCGACGGAAAUGAUCGAUUUCGCAAGCAAUACAUAGUGAAAAAUCGUAUUUGUGAUAAUCGUAGUGUUAGUAGUUGUCGCCGAGAAAUCACGACGGUGUUCCGCAGGGGAUGUGAUUUGUCCCAUUUAAAUAUCGCAGUGAAGAAUGCGUCAUAUUGAUUGGACUUCCUUAGGUAAUUAAAUUUUGGAAAUUUGGAUUUUGAUCGCGUAUUGAAGUUUUAUUACGUAGUAUCCUGGCACUAAGUCCAAAAACGUCAGAGGAAAUUCAACUCUUAAUUAAAACAAUAUCUUGCUCAAAUAUGAAACAAUUAAGUGAAUGGAAUUCGUGAAACCAAUUAACUCAAAAUAAGACCAAAUGCUACCAAACUUUGGCCUGUCGAUGUUGAAUAGUUCACAUAAAGAGAGGAAAUUUCUGAUGAUUCAUUCUGAAUUUGUGAGAAUAUUCAACUAGUGUACGAGAACAAAAUGAGCAGCAAAGCCUCCCUCAGUGUUUUUUUGUGAAGUUUUCCAUUGUGUACACCAGUGUUUAUACCCUAGUUACUUUUUAAAUCUUGGUUGUGAAGUGAUGGGAAAAAUGUUUGACGACAACGUUAAUUCAACAGUGGCAAGAGAACUUUUGGCUUGUGAAUUCGCAGCAAAUAAGACUCCAACAUUAGAAGUUCCCUUUUGCAGAAGCCGAUUCGAUUCCUGGUCGUGUUGGCCAGAUACACCUGCAGGACAUACAGCCAAUCACAGUUGUCCAGGAUUCGUAGUUGGAUUCGACAAAAAUAGAUUCGCAUACCACAAAUGCGAGGAGGAUGGCACCUGGUUCGUCCAUCCGGAGAGCAACCACACCUGGGCCAACUACACUCUGUGCAUCAACAAGGACGACUACACGUUUCGAGAAACUAUAACGCUCAUCUACAAUAUUGGAUACAGCGUUUCUCUCGUGGCACUACUAGUCUCACUCUUCAUCUUCAUCUAUUUCAAAUCCCUGAGAUGCGCUAGAAUCACGAUACACAUGAACUUGUUCGCCGCCUUCGCCAUAAACAAUUUCUUGUGGUUGCUUUGGUACAACUGUGUUCUGAACUCCAUAGAGAUUAUAGAGAAUAAUCCGUGGUGGUGCAUCUUGCUACACGUCCUGCUCUAUUUUUUCCUGAUAUCCACGUACGCAUGGAUGCUCUGCGAGGGCCUGUAUCUUCACACGGUGCUGGUAUCCGCCUUCGUCUCCGAAUCAAGAUUGGUUCGAUACAUGCUAUUGCUCGGAUGGGGCAUCCCGACAAAAACCAUUAUAAUAUAUAGUCUGACCCGGUAUUUUUACGGCACGACUGUGUCCGACACUCAGCAAUGCUGGAUGGAUGAAGGUAGUUUCACAAGAAUACUCCAGAUUCCUGUUGCCAUAACCAUAAUCCUCAAUGCUGUGUUCCUGAUCAAUAUACUCAGAGUACUUUUGGUCAAGCUGAAGAGAGGUACCGCCACUGGAGCUGGAUCAGGAGCUUCAAGAGCAUCAUUGCAAGCCUUGAGGGCAACAAUGCUGUUAGUACCGCUUCUAGGAUUGAAUUAUCUGAUCAUUCCAUUCAGACCAGAGACCAAUCACCCCUGGGAAUAUGCUUAUGAAGUAGUUUCAGCUAUUACUGCAUCUAUGCAGGGACUGUGUGUUGCAAUUCUCUUCUGUUUCUUCAAUGGUGAGGUCAUCACACAAAUGAAGAGAAGGUGGGCAACAGUCACCUUCCGACCAAGAGAAAGUUCAUGUACUGCCACCACAACUACUGGACAAAUCAGUCAGUUUGUGCGAUCUAACUAUGGGGCGAAUGCAGAAAAAGUGUGACUAGGAAGGAUUGGACGAAGAACUUCGUCUUGGUUUGCUUCGAGAAAAUGUUCGGAAGUUUUUCUGGAAGAUAUCCUGCCACAAACUACUCAAAGUAAUCUGUAACAGAAUGAUUGCGAUGUAAAUAUUUGUAUAUAGGUUGUAUAGAGAAGUGCCAAAAUAUGAGAGAAGAAUAGGUCAGCAAGAAUUGAAAUAUGUAUGAUAUAAUGUAUAGUGAUAACGAAUAAAUAUAUUAUUUGAAUGAUAUGAAA